GCUCGUGUCUCGGACGGUCGGUUGGUCGGUCAGUCGAGAACUUGGCCGUCUACAAAGAACUGUUGCUGUUGUAACCGCACAACCGGAACUACUGGCGUGGCGUGACUGAAUCGCGUUUUAGUAACGGCUAGCCGGCGAUCGAUCGAACGAACGAACGAACGAUCUCUCACCGUCUGUCGCGUCUUGUACCUCGUUGUGUUUGAGAUUCAAUUCCAACAAUGGCACGUAACAGUAGCAACAGUGUUCUGGUUCUCGGUGUCUUAGUGGCCGCCAUUUGGCUGCUGCUGGCCCUUGCCGUACUACCGAGUGAUGCCAAUUCCGUGGCCGGCGGACUGCAGCGAUUCAGACGGCAAAGCCCGUGGCUUCAUCGAACACCGACCACCUUCAAGAAGUUCGUACGGCUGCAGCAUCCGGGAGCCGGAAACCGGCAGCAGGCGAUCGCCACUAACACGGUGUUACCGUAUGAGCCGGCGAAGGAAACGACCACCAGCAGACCGACGGAAGGAACGGAAGCGUCGCGACCGGCCACCAGGUCGCGAGCAUUCUACAACUGCAUGUCCGGCUGUUUGACCCUGUCCCAGUACAAUCCGGUGUGUGGCACCGACCAUACUACCUACCACAACGAGUACAAACUGGAGUGCGCCAACCGGUGCGGCGCUAGUCCCCGAGUAUUAAUCAGGAAAUCGGGUAUCUGUUAGACAAAAAGUCAACAUUUUGCCAGCAGCAGCAGUAGGAGCAGCAUCAGUUGGCGAUGCCGACGGAAAAGCCACGGAAACGCCACGCUUCACGCUGGGAAAAUCAAUGACGCGAUGCGCGGCCAACCCAACCACUCACCUACCCCCUUUUUAGGGUUUUACAAAAUGUGGGCGGGCGGGCGUGAAGAUUUCUAAUUUAUUU